AUGAAUCAGCAUAGCAGGGAAGCACCUGGUCGUGACACAAUAUAAUCUAUAAAUGAUGUCCUAAAAGUAUCAAGUAGGAUAGGCCCAGGCCAGACACUUAGAUUAACAGUCAAGUUGAGCUUGCCGUUGUGCGAAGUAUUGAAAUUCCUGAGGCUUCUCUUUUGAAAAAUGGCAUAUCCGCCUCCAAACCCAUCAUUCCCGAACCAGCCGGGACAACCCGCGCGGCCACCUGGUUAUGGAGCACCAACUGGGCCUGGAUACCCACCAACUGGUCCUGGAUACCCACCAACUGGUCCUGGAUACCCACCAGCUGGAGUCCCAGGAUACCCACCAGCUGGAGUCCCAGGAUGCCCACCUGGUGGACCCGGUUAUGGAGCGCCACCAGGGACUGCUCCUGGACAAGGUUAUGGGCAACCGCCACCGCAACAAGGUUAUGGACAGCCGCAACCACAACAAGGUUAUGGACAACAGCCAAUGCCACAAGGUUAUGGACAGCAGCCACCGUCACAAGGUUAUGGACAACAGCCACCACAACAAGGUUAUGGACAGCAGCCACCGUCACAAGGUUAUGGACAACAGCCACCACAACCAGGUUAUGGACAGCAGCCACCACAACCAGGUUAUGGACAGCAUCCUCCACAACAGGGAUAUGGCCAACAGCCACAUGUAGGCGCUCCUGGACAAGCCCCACCUCAGCCGUACGGUUAUGGAGGCCCAGGAGGAGUACCACAGCAAGCUCCUUCAUCUGAUGGAACCCACCAACCCCCACCUCAAGCACAAAUGGGAGGCAAGCUCCAGGGACCGGUUCAAACUGGCGGUCACGGAACCGUCAAACCCAUCUCUCCCUUCGAUGCUGAGGCAGACUGCGAGCUCUUGCGUAAAGCUAUGAGAGGAGCAGGCACUGAUGAGGCCGAGAUUAUAGAUAUCGUAGUAGCGCGGUGCAACCAGCAACGAGUAGAGAUUCGCUUAAGGUACAAAACUAUGUUUGGAAAGGAUCUAAUGAAUGAUUUGAAGUCAGAACUGAGUGGCAACCUGGAGGAGUGUCUGCUUGCCCUUUUCGAGCCGACUGUUUUGUAUGACGCAAAGUGUCUGAGAAGGGCCAUGAGAGGUGCAGGGACAGAUGAAGAAACUCUCAUAGACAUUUUGUGCACAAGGGGGAAUAAGGAGAUCGACGAGAUUAAACAGAAUUACAAAGAAUUUUAUAAACGAGAUCUGGAAAAGGACUGUGUCAGUGAAACAAGCGGUCAUUUCAAGAGGCUAUUAGUCUCAAUGUGCCAGGCCAACCGUGACGAGAGUGACACCGUUGACAUGGCUAAAGCCACAAAAGAGGCCCAAGAUCUCUUCCAGGCUGGUGAAAAGAAGUGGGGUACAGAUGAAUCACGGUUCAAUGUGGUUUUGGCCUCGAGGAGUCCGCCUCAACUCCGUGCUACAUUUGAAGAAUAUGUUAAGAUAUCACAGCGCGACAUCUUGAAUUCGAUCGACCGCGAAAUGUCAGGUGAUUUGAAGGCUGGAUUUAAGUGUAUUGUUCAGUGCAUGAGAAAUCCCGCGGAGUAUUUUGCCGACCGUCUUUGGAAAUCAAUGAAAGGCGCUGGUACUGAUGAUUCCCUCCUAAUCAGGAUAAUAGUGUCGCGUUCCGAGAUUGACUUGGUUGAGAUCAAGAGCGCUUUCCUCCAGAAGUACCACAAGACCAUCUAUAAAAUGAUUGAGGGGGACUGCAGUGGGGAUUACAAGAAGCUUCUCUUGGCUAUCGUGGGCCGUAAUUAGUAGUGAUUAGGGCCAAAGUAUCAUUACUUGGAGACUAGGAGACGCUCAAAGGUUGGAUAACGUCGUUCAGGUUUCUUUUAACUUCUCAAUGUAAGAAUAAAAGCUGUUAAUAUACAUAGAUGAAAAUAUCUCAAUAAUUAGCCAAUGCAACAUUUCUGUGCCUUUCAUUGUUGAAGAGACAUUAUCGUAUUUUUUCGCAAUUUAUUGUACAUGUACAUGUCUAUGAUAUCUAGGGCGAGAAUAAACAAAACUAACCAUA